ACCACUCCUCUUCCCUCUCGCUCUCCAUGCUUCUCCCUCGCGACCUCCUCCUCCUCCCAUGGCGGCGCGCCACCGCCGCCGGUGAGGCCAUCGCCCGCCGCCUCAACCACCACCGAGCCCCGCCCUUCUCCGAUCCCGACGACGACCCGCCGUUCACGCGGCUCGCGGAGCGCCCGCCUCGAGCUCCCUCGAAGAAGAAGAAGAAGGAGGAGGAGGACCAGGGCGGCAGGAUCAGGCCGCCGGAGCCGGCGAGCUCCGACCUGCCGUUCGACUUCCGGUACUCCUACUCGGAGACGGACCCGGCGUGGAGGCCCAUCGGGUUCCGGGAGCCCACCCGGUUCUCGCCGUUCGGGCCCGGCCGGCUCGACCGGCCAUGGGACGGCGUCGCCGCGGCGGCGGCGCGCGGGGAGGGUGCGGGUGCGGCGGCGACGAGCAGGGAGGAGGUUCUUGGCGAGCCGCUGGCGGAGGAGGAGGUGGCGCAGCUCGUGGAGAGGUACCGGCACAGCGACUGCUCCCGGCAGAUCAAUUUGGGCAAAGGCGGAGUGACACACAAUAUGAUUGAUGACAUCCACAAUCACUGGAAACGUGCAGAAGCUGUUAGGAUCAAAUGCCUGGGAGUGCCAACUCUUGACAUGGACAAUAUAUGCUUCCAUCUUGAGGAUAAAACAGGUGGGAAAGUAAUCUACCGUAACAUAAACAUCCUUAUCCUAUACCGUGGUCGGAAUUAUGAUCCGAAACAGCGGCCUCAAAUACCACUAAUGUUGUGGAAGCCACUUGCUCCUAUUUACCCUAGGCUUGUGCAAAAUGUUGCUGAUGGUUUGACUUUCGAGAAAACUAAAGAAUUGAGGAAUACGGGAUUAAAUUCUUCACCUCUUAUGAAAUUAACUAGGAAUGGUGUUUAUGUCAAUGUUGUUGAUAGAGUGAGAGAGGCCUUCAAGACUGUGGAAGUUGUGAGGUUAGAUUGCUCUCAUGUUGGUAGCAGUGAUUGCAAGAAAAUCGGUGUGAAGCUAAGGGAUUUGGUUCCAUGUGUUCCCCUAUUAUUUAAAGACGAACAGAUUAUUCUCUGGAGAGGAAAGGUGAAACAGGAGAACUCUGUUUCACUUCAAUUCAGUCCUGAACCAUCAUGAUAUCAAGUGGCUUAAAUACAUGAGUUGCUAGAAGAACCCUGCUGCUUGGAUUACUUCCAUCAGUUCCAUGGGAUGUCAUGUGAUCAGAACAAAUUGUUGAAAACCUAUUACGGGGUUACCAGAAACAUUAGAAACCGCGCCGGUUGAUUAUUACAUUUCCUGCAGCUAUCUGGAAUUUGGAGUUGUCUGAAAGAGUUGCCAGUGUUGCAUGAGAUGAAGACCCUGCUCUAUUUGAGUGCUGAGCAUUGAACAGUACAGACGCACAUUGAAUCAUUUUUUCACCUUGGAAUGAGUACUGUGCUUCCAGCCAAGGGAUUGAUAUCUUCCAUCAUCUGUUUCUUUGUUCAAAUGGCACAUGUUCCUGCUGCUUCUGCUAUCCGGGCAGAUAUCAACCAUCUAGAUUAGGACAUAGUAUCAAAAGUUGAGAGGUACAUCAUGUUGUAACACUAGUGGUACAGACAGGCCUUUUGAAUUAGAAGGCGAUCAUUCAGAGCCUCAAAUGAGGUUGUGGGCUUUGUGGCUGCUAUCCUGUUGAUUCCUUGAUGUGCACCAAAGUCAAAAGGUGCUCCCUCCGGUCAAAAAAAUUUAACGUUGAGAAUAAGAUGUGAUCAAAUUCUAAAA